GCAUCAGUACUUGGGAACACUUGUCCGCGCGCGGCUGCACCUCCCCACAGAGCGUUUACGGACUCCUCUCUGCCAGGUGAUGACAGGAAAAACCAAUCGUUCCUGACUAAAAAUAAAAAUAAGAACAUUUCGUUUUUUUUUAAAGUUUGUAUUUUAAACGCUUAUUAGGUCUGAAUUAAUGGAGACGCGCGUCGGUCACUGCCAUUUUGUCAUUUUCUCGGAGUGGAUUUGCCUCUUCAUAAUAACUUCCAUCCAGGGCGGAACGGACGCAGAGGUAACGUGCAUCCCCUCGUGCCAGCUGCCGCCGAUUGAGGCAUCAUCCCGGGAACCGUGGCUGCUGGAUUUGAGCGAUUUUAGCGCGGCACCUGCCGAGGAACUGGUCGGGUUUGGUGCGGAGUUGCCCCGCUGGGAGGAAGAGCACAGCSCUGCGGAGCUGAGCGAAGAAAGUUUACCCGAAGUCCAGCCACGGCUGGAGGAAAAUAAGACCAGCGGUCCGCAGAGAGACGCUUURAAUGACCUCGGGAAACUUUCCCACCCUUCCCCAAGUGAUCCAACUCCCAGCAACGUGACCCAGAAUCGCACCGGGGAUGGAAGAAACGACCGUUUUUCUUUUCCGAGCGGGAACGUGCCGAGUUGGAGACGACCGCGGAGYGCGGAGACCUGGUCCGGAUUCGGAACCGAGGGCGUCGGCGAGGAUCCGGACCGGGAGGAGUUUCGUCUCACGAGUUCGACUUUUGCGCUCGCCGGGGACACGGCUCACAACCAGGCGAUGGUGCACUGGUCCGGCCAAAACAGCAGCGUCAACUGAUUAUGGGACCACAUAUGAAAAACUUAAUGAGAAAGUCGGGACCAAAAGCAUUCUAAGCUACUUGUAUGUGAGUCCGAACAACAAAAGGAAGAUCAUGUUACUAACUGACCCAGAGGUGGAGAGCAGCCUGCUCAUUAGCCUUGACGAGGGGGCGUCCUAUCAGAAACACAGCUUAGCCUUUGAUAUCCUUAGYCUGCUUUUUCACCCUGAGCAAGAGGACUGGAUCCUGGCUUACAGCCAUGACCAAAAGCUUUACGUCUCAGUUGAGUUUGGGAGGAGAUGGCAACUUGUGCAAGACAACGUUGUUCCCAACAGGUUCUACUGGUCAAGACUGGGUUUGGACAAGGAGCAGGGCAUGAUUCAUCUGGAAAUCAGCUUUUCGGAGAAAAGGUCACAGUACAUAACUUGCAAACUUCUGAACUGCUCUGACGGAAACAAGGGCAAGCCUUUCCCUGGAUUUAUAAUCCCCAAUUCCCUUGUGGUACAGGAUGAAUACGUUUUCAUCCAGGUGUCAAUAGGUGGSCAGACUGUUCAUUACGUGUCUUAUAAAAGAAAUGCUUUCUACCCAAUGAAACUUCCCAAAUACACAGUUCCUAAGGACUUGCAAAUAAUCAGCACCGAUGAUAACCAGGUGGUGGCAGCGAUUCAGGACUGGCAUCAGAACGAUUCAUACAACCUGUACAUGUCAGAGCACAGAGGGCUGUUCUUCACACUGAUGCUGGAGGAUGUUGUGAGCAGUGGAGGCCCAGAAGACAACAUCAUGAUAGACCUGUAUGAGGUUGCCGGGAUUAAAGGAGUGUUCCUGUCAAAUAAAGUUGUUGAAAACCAAGUGAGAACUUAUAUCACAUACAACAAGGGCAGAGACUGGCGUCUUCUUCAGGCUCCAACAACCGAUCUCCAGGGAAACAAGGUCUAUUGUGAACAACCGUACUGCUCGCUGCACCUACACCUUCAUGUCUCGGAGAACCCUUACGCCUCAGGAAACAUUGUCAGCAAAGACACGGCUCCGGGAAUUAUAAUAGCAUCAGGUGUGGUUGGACCUGAGCUAACCAGUGCAAAUGUCAGUAUCUUCAUCACGUCUGAUGCUGGGAACACAUGGAGAGAGAUUUUUCAGGAAGAGUACAGUGUGUUUUUCCUGAAUCAAGGAGGGUCUCUGGUGGCCAUCCGACACACACCUCUGCCAAUUAGACACAUUUGGCUGAGUUUUGAUGAGGGCAGAAACUGGGACAAAUAUAGCUUCACCUCCUUUCCGCUCUACGUUGAUGGGGUGCUGGGGGAGCCUGGAGAGGACAUCCUCAUCAUGACAAUAUUUGGUCAUUUUAGUCAUCGAUCUGAGUGGCAACUUGUCAAGAUUGACUUUCGGCCCAUUUUCGAACAACGGUGCACAUCCGAAGACUAUUUCACAUGGCAGUUGCACAAUGAGGGGGAAGUGUGCAUUAUGGGAAUGAAGAGAAUCUUCCAAAAACUGAGAGCAAACGCUCAAUGUGUGAAGGCCCGAGAUCAGUAUAUUUCUCAGAUGUCAGACUCCUGCCCGUGCACAGAAGCAGACUUCGAGUGUGACUAUGGCUUUGAGAGGCAGAUUGAUGGGAGCUGCACCCCGGCUUUUUGGUUCGCUCCAUCAGCAACAGCUCGAGACUGCAUAACAGGAGACACCUUUCUCAACACAACGGGAUACCGCAAGGCUUUGACGAACAACUGCACUGAGGGAAGUGUGCUGAAGUACAGCCCGAGGCACCAAAAGUGUCCCAGUCAGGCUCCCAGAGGCCUCCAGCUCUUCACCAGCGAGGGAACACUUGUAGCCACGCUGGGGAGGAAUGUCACCUUCUUGGUUUUUCUGGAAGAGGGUCUUGGCUCCAUGACAAGCAUAACGGUGGACUUCGGAGACGGAACGGCCAUAUCUUACGUUAACAUAAGCUCUAUCGAAGACGGGGUCAAGCACAUUUACGGCAAAGUUGGGAUCUACCAAGUUUCGGCCACAGCGAGCAACAAUCUCGGCCUGGACAGGGUCGUUCUCUACCUUCAUGUUUCCUGUCAACUUGAGCAAGUGCAGCUCUCGGCUCCUUCGGUGGUUGUCAAGAACAAAGCAGUGAAUUUCACUACAGCCUUGCACCCGAGUAACGUGGGAACCGUCACUUAUUUCUGGUGGUUUGAGAACAAAACGGAGCCUGUCGUGACCCUCGAUGGAGCCACUUCUUUCACUUUCUCCAAGGAGGGAAGCCACACUGUUACUGUUCAGGCUUCAGCUGGUACUACUGUCCAUCAGGACCAAAGUACUGUAGCAGUCUAUGAUUAUUUCCGCUCGCAUUCUUUGGCCUUUUCAUCUAAUCUGGACGAGCUGAACCCCGGGGUGUCUGAGUGGAGAGAAGACAUCAGCAGAGUUGUAAAAAGCUGCAUGGUCCAGGUCACAGGAAUCAGUGAGAAUCAGCUCUUGGUCACGGUGCUUCCUGGUUUACCGACUACAGCUGAAGUUUUUGUUGUACCAGAGAGGAGGUCAAAAGGCAGAGCCAUAAAUGAACAAUGGACCCACCUGGAUCAGCUUUCCCAGGUGCUGCUAAGUGCUCUGAACCAAGACCUGGUUCAGUUUGCACUCAGGCCGGGGGUGCAGGUGAACGUGUUCGCCACACGAUUGUCUCCAGCUCCUCUUGUGGACAGCAGUGACAGUGGUUACAGCAGCACUGCGGUCAUCAUGCUCGUGUCAGUGGCACUGAUGGGCUUGGUCAUCUUUGUAAUAUAUAAAUUUAAAAGGAAGAUCCCAGGCAUGAACACUUACACGGCGGAGCAGCCGGAUAAAGAACAAGAGGUCAUCCCCACAGUGACCUCCAUAGCCGUCCCAAACCCUGAGGGGGACAGCCUGACCUCCCUGGACCAUGUGGAUACACAGMUGAACUCAAAAAACAGAGGCUACCUGCCAUCUCACACAGACAUCAACCUCUCUGAUGAAGCGCCCCAUGUGUUUUAAUGUUGGAAGUCUAUGACCGACUCGAAAGCAAUACAUCUUCUUUGGCAGUUACUUCCAGCGAGCUAGGAAACUGCGGUCACAAUGAAUGGUCUCGAGUCUUUUGCUACCCAUGCAUGGAUGGACCAGUUCACACUGUGCUGCCUAAAUCCCUCUGAGGAGACUGUACAGAUUUAUAUUUGCCUCUUGAAAAGGAACACUUUUUGACUGAAAUACUUGUAUUUUUGCAAGGACAUUGAUCUUUUUAUGUAAAUAAUGUACAUCCAUAAUGGAAGAAGUGAACGUUAUGUGUCUCAGCUGGUUACAGCUGCAAAUGCUCAAAUAUGAGAAAAGUCCAAACAGCCGUGCGACAGGGAUGUGUAAUAAUGUUUCAAAUCAUUCUCUUAUUUCUACUUUAUUUAUUUAUUUUCUUAUUUGAACUUGUGUUGGUGAAGUUUACUUUUUGUGUGUGCGUGGAACAGGCUUAUCUGAGUAAAGACAGUGAAGGAGCCGGAUUCAUUAAGCUCUUUGUAAUCAGUAAAUCUUAUCGCCAGAUUCUCAGCCAAUGAAAGCUCRCAAUGUUCAGGAGAUGAUGGAGGGCUCCCAGUCCCAGAUCUGUGUAUUCCAUCAAGCCUGUCUCUCCACAGCUCGCAAUGUUAUAUAUGCCAUAACAGAAAAAGAAAAUAAAAAAGAACAGGAGAUUAUAGCAGAUAGGUAUACACAGAAGAUGCUAAUCUGAGCAGUCCCUCUUGUUUAGGAGACACAAAUAAGUCAUUUUUGUCACACUGAACCAUCACAAAUCUACCACUGGCUGAUCUAAAACAUUCAGAUGCUGCAGAUUUAUUAUUACAGCAGUGAUGCUUUCUUUUCAUGUGGUCACUUUGACUGGAAAUGUGGGCUUUAUAUGAAAUUAUAGGUGUUUUUCGUGUAAGUUCUGGUUUCUACAAUGAUAUGGAAAUGCUUUUGAAUAAUCCUGUUCAGACAAGUAAAGCUGCAUUUACUGUAAUGCAGCUAAAUGAUAAUAAUAAUUAUUAUAAAAAAGUUCUAAAUAUGUUUUUUUCUAAUUAGUCGUCAGAUCAAAGUUUGUUUGCUUUUACCACCACAAAGUUUAAGGAACUCCUUGGCACACACAGAAAAUCUUUGAACUGAGAUUACUGUGAAGGUUGCGCUAUCGUUUUGUUUUUAUUAUUGGUUGUUUUCCAAGCCUUUAUUUAUUUUUUAUUUUCCCUCCAACUGUUUAUCCCCCCCAAACAUGAUAGCAGAAGUUUAUUUUUUUUGUUUGUUUUGCCCUUUUUUUUUUCUUCCCAAGUUUCAACUGAUGCAGGAGCUUGCAGUCAGUUCCAGGUUUGCCCCCAAGGACUCGGCGGACAAAAAGGCUGCAGAUUUGUUCAUCUCCUUCGCUGCGAGGGACACGGAGAUAGAGAAGACGUAUCUCCUGUCAACGCGGCUCAGCCUACGCACACAGCUUUGGUCAGCCGCUGUCUCUUUGGGAUAUGUACUGAAGUUCUUCUUCAUCAAACUUUUCUUUUUAAGUGUUKUCAGCAUCAUACGUCAGGAAGACAAAUUGACUAGAGGCCUCUCCAUACCUCUUCCUUGCAAUCCUCUGAUUGAGCCAGACGCAUAAAUAAACUCCGACUUGGAAGAACUCGACACAAAAUCGUCAGAAGAUCUUUUUUCCCCCCUCUCUCUUUUACUUUAAUGGUUUCUUUAAGUUCCACUUAUUAACCUGUGAAUACUGUUGUGAACAUAUUUGCAUGAUGUUUUUUUUGUUUCCUCUAAAAUGUGUCUUAACUAGAAAACAAAACAAAAAAAGAUUAGAAUUGUGAAUUACAGUAUUUUCUGUUUCUUCAGAGGCUAUAACACCUCAUCCGUUCCAAGUGAGGUGAUUAUUCAGUGGGUUGUUACAGUGUUCUUCAUUUGACCUUGCAGAAGUGUCCAUGAUUGCAGAAUAAAACAGAAAAACAACAGCAAUGCAAUGUGGCUGCUUGUUCAGUUCACUCCUAGUAGCACAAACUGAUAAUUUUUGCUACUUAAGUCAGACUAUUGACUAUUAGUCAAUUUUCAUCUUCACGACUUCACCUUUGACUGUCUCAAAUGGGUAAUUUUGACUCAUAAGACACCCUUACUUUGUCAGAUUUGUGUUUUAUUUAUGUUUUUGUGUGCUCUGCCUUAUUUCUAAGUGUUGCUUCGCAUGCCCAAAGUUUCACUGCAGCCAUUUGCUUGUUAUAAAGGGGCCGAGUGGGAGGACAAUGAAAAGCUCCGAGUAUCCUGGAGUGAUUCUAAUUGGCUAGUUCCUUGGCUCUCCCACUGUGCAACAAAUUAAUUAUCCCCUCUCCAGGAAAUCAACACACACACACACACACACAUCUACACACACACACUCAACAAAGAAGAUUUUCCUUGUCUGGAUUGCACCUUGAAUGAAAAAUGUCCCACAACAAUAACCCACAGCAAUAUUGUGUUAGCCACAGUGUGAAAUUGAUGAGCAUGUUUCCUUUCAUCGAGUGCUACAUUACAGUGUCUGGCUGCAGCGAAUCAUCCAUUAGUGAUUGUCACCGUUCAAUUUGAUUGUGCGACGCCGAACAUCCCAGGGCGGUUAGAGAGAGGCCUUGGUGUUAAUUCAGACAGAGAGCAGAGGCGAGAAUAAGACUCUCGGGGCGCUGAUGGCUGUUUGAGUGAUGGAGAUUGGUACGUGAUAUAGAGUUGUUGAAGUGGCAAAUAAAAUGCAGAGCAGAGGACGGGGGCCAGUUCGCCGCUGCUUUGAAGUGUGAAGUUCUUUUUGUCCUCCCGAUUUGUCACCGAGAGUUUCAUCGACAUCUGAAAACAGAGACCCGGAGUUUUUUCCCUUCACCAGAUCGUCUGUUUCCUAUCGCCGUCCCAGGCCUCGAUAAUUGUUCCCAUUAAACAUAAAGCGUUGGUAACAGGCAACCUGAGCGAUAGAGGUAAAAGGUAGCUCAGUCUAAAUGUCAGAUGGGAAUCUUCACAUGGCUGUUAUCACACCUCYGCCCAUUAAAGCUGACUUUAGUGCCUCGGUGAGAUCAUUUAGAGAGGUGUGUCGAGGCUGACACGCUGACUCUUACAAGCCACCUGUGCUUCAGAUAAGACUGGGGAAGAGUAGGAAGAACACRUCUUCUUGGACUCAUUUUUUUUCUAGGUUUAUAUCAUGACAACACAAAMGUACAAGAAAACACAUUUUGAAAGUGGGGGCAUGCACAGUAGAAAAAUUAUUUUAAAAAAAUCAUAGAAAAAUACAUUUAUUUGGAACAAUUUCAGAAUGGUAACUUGCUCACAGUAAGAAAUAUGGUUUAAAACAAGAUCAUUGACAAAGAGGGUACAAUACUGUAGAUCAGAUCAUGCAUAACUUUUGAGCGACUGCACAACUAGACCAUUGGACAAUGUGUUUAAUUAUUUGUUUWAUGUGUCAAGUAAACUUUAAAAUCACCAUAAAUAUAUAUAUAUGUGUGUACAGUUCUCACAUACCCCAAUAUAGUCUUUGAUCACAGAUAAUUAGGGCAUGCUAUUGUAAAAAAAAAAAAAAA